AUGGAAGACUUCGGAACAGGUUUAUUUGAUGUCUUCCAGGAAGGGGCAAAAUCAAAAGUUCAGCUACCGAAAAAGAGAAUGAGAGAAGAGGAAGAGCUGGAAGAAUUCAAAGAAGAAUAUUAUGUGAAAACUGAAGAUAUUGAUGGCUGCACACAUGAAUGUGCAUACCCUAUUGAUUAUGUUGAAAAUGAAAUUAGCCAAACAGAACCAGCAAAAACUUAUAAAUUCGAGCUAGACCCUUUCCAAAAAUGCGCUAUAAAAUGUAUCGAAAACAACGAAAGUGUCCUCGUAGCCGCUCACACUUCAGCUGGCAAAACAGCUGUAGCUGAGUAUGCGAUUGCAUCCGCAUUAAAAAACAACCAAAGAGUUAUAUAUACAUCCCCAAUUAAAGCUCUAAGUAACCAGAAAUAUCGAGAAUUCCACGACGAAUUUAAAGAUGUUGGACUAAUGACAGGCGAUGUCACCAUCAAUGAAAGUGCAAGCUGUCUCGUAAUGACCACAGAAAUUCUCCGAUCAAUGCUAUACAAAGGCAGUGAAGUUGUCCGCGAAAUGAAAUGGGUCAUUUUUGAUGAAAUCCAUUACAUGAGAGACAAAGAAAGAGGCGUCGUAUGGGAAGAAACCAUUAUUUUGCUGCCUGAAGCUAUAAAACUGAUAUUUUUAUCAGCAACUAUUCCUAAUGCAUUAGAGUUCGCUGAAUGGGUAUGCAAGCUUAAAAAGCAGCCUUGCCAUGUGGUGUAUACUGAAUAUCGUCCAACACCAUUGCAGCAUUAUAUAUUCCCUUCAGGCGGAGAAGGACUUUAUUUAGUAGUUGAUGAGUUUGGGAAAUUUAAAGAAAAAAGCUUCAAAAAAGCCAUUUCAUGCUUGACUGAUCUCCAAGAUGGAAAACAAAACAGAAAAGUUGGCCCAGGGAAUAACUCAGAAGUCACCAAAAUUGUCCAGUUGAUUAUGGAAAAAGAUAUGAAGCCUGCCAUUGUGUUUAGCUUCAGCAAAAGAGAAUGCGAAGCUUAUGCAAUUUCUUUAAAUAAGCAUGAUUUUACCUCAGAUGAAGAAAAAGCUGCAAUUGAACAGAUUUUUGUAAACGCGAUUGAUACAUUGGCAGAAGAAGACAAAAGUCUCCCUAUGAUCCAAAAUGUCCUCCCAUUGUUGAAAAAAGGGGUAGGAAUCCAUCAUGGAGGGUUAUUGCCUAUUAUAAAAGAAGUCACAGAAAUUCUCUUCCAAGAAGGCUUUGUCAAAUGUCUAUUUAGUACUGAAACUUUCAGCAUGGGACUAAAUAUGCCUGCAAGAACUGUUGUUUUUACUAAUGUUAGGAAGUUUGAUGGAGAAAGCUUCAGAUGGAUUUCUGGAGGAGAAUACAUACAAAUGUCUGGAAGGGCUGGGAGAAGAGGAAUUGACGACAAAGGGAUCUGCAUCUUAAUGGUUGAUCAAAAAAUGGAGCCAGAAAUAGCUAAAGGAAUGGUAAAAGGGCAUAGCGAUCCUUUAAAUUCAAUGUUCCACUUAAGCUACAAUAUGCUUCUGAAUUUAAUGCGAAUCGAAGAUUCGCAUCCUGAACAAAUGAUCAAAAAGUCUUUUCACCAGUUCCAAAAUGAUAGAUCGGGUGCAGGUCAAAUGACUUUGCCUUUUUGAUAGUGUCCAUUUGACCGAAAAAUUUUCGAACAAAUGGAUUUCGAUGAAAUGUACACUGUCAAAAAUCCACGGUCAUUUGACAUGGAGCCUGAUAGAUCAUGCCCUGAAGUAAUGAAAAAGAAAAUCGAACUGCAAAACAAGCUAAAUGAAAUCACUUUUGAGCAUGAAAAUGAAAUGGAAGAAUACGACAAUAUAGAAGUCGCAAAACAGUCAUUUAAAAAAACAAUUAAAAAAUAUAUUCAAAAUCCUGAAGUUAUUGCGAGAUUUAUGAACCCAGGAAGAAUUGUAUAUAUAAUUGACCAUAAAGGGAUUGAAUGGGGCUGGGGAGUGAUAACUUGUUGCACAAAGAAAAGAGUUGAUAAAAAGAAGCUAAAAGAUCUUGAAGAAGAAGUUCAAGUAAAGUUUAUAAUUGAUGUAGCUAUUUAUGUCCUUAUGAAAGAUGUGCCACUUCCUCUUCUUGAUAUGAAUUCAGAUGAAGGAGAAGCCUAUUCAAUGCGGUUUCAGUUAGACUCAAUUGAUAAAGUAAGCCAGCUGAGGCUUUAUAUUAAGCCUGACUUGAAAAGCAAAGAAUUUCUUCCUGGGACUGUGUCUGACUUAAGGAAAGCUUAUAAACAGCUUAAUGGAAAUAUUCCCUUGUUGGAUCCUAUAAAUGAUCUAAAAAUAAGUGACCCUGAUUUUAUUGCUGCACUGUCUAAAAUUACGGAGCUAGAUGAAAUGGAAAAAGCGUUGCCGGUAGUCAAAAGACCUGAUUUUCUGGAAAUUAAAGCGAAAUAUGAAGAGAAAAAGAGUAUUAGUCAAGCAAUAGAAUUGUUAGCUCCCAUCUUUGAAAGAAUUGCCGAUGUUCGAUCGAGCGAAAAACUUUCUGGAAAGGAAAUUUAAAUUUAUAUUAAUUAUUAUUAUUAAAACAUUUUUUCAUAUUUAAAGAAUUUAUAAGCUAUCAGCAAGAUAUAUGCUACAUAUUAGCAAUAUGCUAUAGAUGGGUAGAAGUGAUAAUACUCCAAUAUUUCUAGUACUAAUUAUUAUUAAAGAUAGGUAUUUAUAUAUGUGGCGUGGCAUGGAAGUGGGUUUCUUGCUUACCAUAUGAAAAUCCUCAAUCAAUAUUUGGAAAAUUUUUAAUAGAAUUUUUGAUCAUGGAUGAGGAGUAAGCAAACAACUUAAGGCCAGCAAAACAAUGAUCUUAAAAGAUGACUGGAAAGCCAUGAGAAGAAUUUUAAGAAGGCUUGGAUUUUGCAGUGAAAAUCACGUGGAGCUUAAAGGCAGAGUCGCCUGUGAAAUCUCCACAAGUGACGAGCUCUUAACAACAGAAAUGAUGCUUGGAGGUAUUUUUAAUGAUCUUCCAAUCGACAUAAUGGUCGCACUUCUCAGCUGUCUUGUCCAUGAAGAAAAUUCAGCAGAGUCCAAAAAGCCUUCACACCCAGAGUUGGCUUCAGCCUACAAGCUUUUGGUUGAUAUCGCAACCCGCUUCGCUGACGUCUUUGUACAAAGCAAGCUAAAUAUUGACCAAGAAUCAUACAUAAAUUCCUGCAAACCUUCCCUAAUGGAAGCAGUCUUUUCUUGGGCUCACGGUGCUAAAUUUUCUGAAGUCUGCCAGCUUACAGACGUAUAUGAAGGCACCAUCAUCCGAUGCAUUCGUAGGCUUCACGAGCUCCUUAGACAGUUACACGACGCAGCAAGAUCUAUCCAAAGCCACGAGCUUUCUGAGAAAUUCGCUGAAGGUAUCCGUUUGAUCCAAAGAGGGAUAGUAUUCGCUGCUUCAUUAUAUCUUUAA